UUAAAAAAUUAUUUACCAUUUUAAUACAAUAUUUAAAAAAAAUUUCCACUCAUUUUAUUUAAUAUCUUCUACGUUUUCGCAUCAAAAUGAUGAUGACCACAUCUGACUCGUCGUUUUUGGAACACCGGAACCUCUUCAUAUGGAAAAAGAUCGGCGAAGGGUCAUUUUCUAAGGUUUACUUGGCCAAAUUCGGAGCUAUCGAGAACGAUAUACCAACGCUGAUCGCAACAAAAGUGAUCAACAAGAACCGCGUUUCCACCAAGUUCGUGGAAAAGUUCUUGCCCCGUGAACUGGACGUGAUGAUCAAACUCAGACAUCCGUACAUAGUGCAGGUAUACAGUGUGUUCCAGAACGGUUACAAGAUCUACAUAAACAUGGAGUUCGCGGAGAACGGCGACAUGUUCACGUAUCUUCGGAAGACGAAGCUGACUGAGGAACAAAUCCGCUCGUGGCUGUUGCAGAUCCUGUGGGCGUUCUCGUACAUGCACGGCUUGGGCGUGGUGCACAGAGACCUGAAGUGCGAGAACAUACUGCUAACCAAAAGGUACAACUUGAGGAUAGCCGACUUCGGGUUCGCCAGGUUCGUGGACCGCGGACGGAAUCCUGGAGCGGACACUGUGUGCGGCACGAUGACCUACUCGGCGCCCGAGCUCUUGCAUGGCAAACGGCCUUACAAUCCGGUGGCCGCGGACGUGUGGGCGAUCGGUGUCGUGCUGUUCAUAAUGGCCAACAACGUGCCGCCGUUCCGCAACAGCCGAAAGGAAAACUUACACAAGAGACAGAUGGAUCAACAAUUUACAUUUCGAAGGUCAUUGGGAAGAAGUAGAGCACUGAAAGAAUUGACAACCACGUUCUUAGAGCCAAAUUUUCUGAAGCGCACAAAAAUAAAGACUGCUCUGCAACAUCCCUGGAUCAAAGAAGGCAAUGUCAAAAUUCCCGCCGACGUGGCCAUAGCGAACGAAACAAGCGCAGUCAGUUUAAGCGAACCAAUAGUCACGGAUAAAUCAUUGAAGGUGCCUGCAUUUCAUUACCAGUUGUCAGAAUACGGGAAAUCAAUUAGUAUCGACAACGAUUUGUUUACAGAAGUUGAAGAGGAAGCCAAGGUUAUAGAACCUAAAAUAUUGAAACGGAAGAAAAAAAAUUAAUACUUACCCCAACC